AUGGCAAACACCGGUACACUAAUCCGCCAGGUGGCGCGUCGGAAUUUCCGUCCCGGAAGUGUUGCUAAUGUAAACAUGUCGCACAACAGCGGUCUGACAGUUGAGAAGUUGAAGACAGAGUUGCGAUGCCGUGGAGCAACUACACGCGGGAAGAAGAUCGAUUUGAUUGAAAGAUUGGAGUCCUAUGACAGAAAUAAUAACUUCUGCCACUCAGAAGAUGACAUUAAGUUACCUGAGCCUAUCCGAUUUGAAUCAUGGCCAGUCACAGGUUUCAAGCAACUGAUGCCACUACACAAAGACAGCUUACCGCCCUUGGCCUCUUCGGAUGUCGAGGCGUAUUUUAGGUACCGGUUAGCUGUAGAUAAUGAAGAGACUGGAGAUUUGAAGGCUAUUGAGAAGGGACAUCAACUUUUGGAAUCCAAUCAUGUCCUGGCUUGCAGUGUUGUCAUUCAUCACCAUGCCUACUUCAGUGGUCUAGUCAGUGCUGCUAUGAAGAAAAAGGUAUCCUACAGUCUUCGCAUCAUAAUAGCAGAAUGUGGUGAAGUGGUGAACACACACUGUGAGUGCCCAGCUGGUAAAGGCCCCCAUGGAACCUGCAAACACCUCGCUUCCGUCCUCCUCAUGUUGUCACAGUUCAAGUCUACAGGUGUGAUUGCUACCGGCAAAUACAGAAAUAGUGCAUCUUACAGGGACCAUGUGCGAAACAUCACCAUCAACUACUGCUCUUCAGCAUCUAAGGAUAUCACGAUCAGAUACCUGUUUGAAAGAGCCAGUCUGUCAUCUGCAGUAAGAGAUCAUGACUAUUUGGACAAGCCCUUCACAGAAUACUGGGUGGAGAGAGCCUUGAAGAUUACAGAUGACCAGGCUGCAGACUUAGAGUCAAAGACAAGAAAGCAGGCCAAGUGUAGCUUGUGGCAUGAGGAGAGGAGAUGGAGGCUUACCGCAUCUCAGUUUGGGACAAUUUGCAAAUGUACUACAAGGAGAAACAAAACUAAAUUAUGUGAACAAAUUGUCUCUGGAAGAAAACUUGUUUGUAACUCUGUGAGGCAUGGGUUACAGCAGGAACCCAAAGCUAUUGCCAAACUUGAAAUAGCCUGUAAUGUUCAUGUUCAUAGUUGUGGAAUGUUUGUCGACUCUGAACUCCCUUUCCUUGCAGCAACACCAGACGGUGUCAUUGAUUCUAACACCAUUGUUGAGGUUAAAUGUCCUUACAGUGCCAGAAAUGAGGUCAUUGCUCCUGGGAAACUCUUUCCUUAUCUUUGUGAGAGAAAUGGCCUCAUGCAACUGAAAGAAAACAAUAAUUACUACUUUCAAGUGCAGGGUCAGAUGUAUCUAUCAAAGCGAAAAUACUGCUUAUUUGCUGUUUGUACGUUUAAAGACUUCUUUGUUCAGAAAAUAUCACUCAAUGAGGAAUACUGUACAGGAAGUUUGAUUCCCAGACUGUCAUUAUUCUUUGAGUCUUUCCUCAAGCCUUACAUUGCUACUCACUGCAUUUGUUAAGAUUCAUGAACAGACAUCCUUUUGGGGAUUAAUACAUCCAUGUGAAGACUGUGUAUCUAAAAAGUACUAAGAGUCUUUUGAAACUUACUUUUGCCUCACUUUUCAAAAAUUAUUUGAAAGCAGUGACUUUUCACAGUUAAGGAAUAUAAAUUUCUUCUUUUCAACUAUUAAAAUCUGGUGAUGAGAAUGAUACAAAUGAGUACCGCUAGGUAUAUCCCUGAUUGACACCAUGUGUAAAGUACUUACUUCUAUUCUUAGCUGUAGCCUACAGCAGUUUGAUGAAGAUUAUAACAUAAUUGACAAGGCCCAGGCUGUUAUCAUGGUGUAAAUCAUGGUGUAACAUUUAUACUAAGUUAUCCUAUAAUAAUUAGAUCCACAUCAAGUG